AUGCAAACUAUCGAGAAGGCAUUACAUCAACCAAUGCCAUUUACAACGGGUGGACAAACAAUCACUGAUCGACUUACGGCUGCAAAACAUUCCUUAGCUGGUAGUCAGUUGGGUAAGACAAUUUGUAAAGCUACAACUGAAGAAUUAAUGGCACCAAAAAGGAAACAUCUGGACUAUUUAUUACACUGUACGCAAGAGGCAAACGUUUCUAUUCCAUCAAUGGCAAAUUUGUUGAUUGAACGAACCCAGAAUCUCAAUUGGACUGUUGUUUAUAAGGCGCUUAUCACAAUUCAUAACAUAAUGUGUUAUGGAAAUGAACGAUUUUCACAGUAUCUCGCAUCCUGUAAUACGACGUUCAAUCUAAGCAGUUUUUUGGAUAGAAAUUCCGCUCAAGGUCAUUCACCCAUGGAUUAUAUGCGUUCAUCAACGAAACACUGGGCAUCCCCGGAUUCGGUUUUUGUUGGAUAUGAUAUGUCACAACAUGUUCGACGUUACGGAAAGUAUAUCAGUGAAAAAAUCUACACAUAUCGGCUAUGCGCUUUCGAUUUUUGUAAAGUGAAACGUGGUCGUGAAGAUGGCCUUCUGCGAACAAUGAAUGCAGAUAAGUUAUUGAAAACAUUGCCAAUUUUGCAAAAUCAGAUCGAUACUCUUCUCGAGUUUCAAGUAACUUCAGCGGAAUUAAACAACGGUGUCAUUAACUGUUCUUUCAUUCUUCUCUUUCGUGAUCUCAUUCGCUUAUUUGCAUGUUACAAUGAUGGUAUCAUUAAUUUGCUUGAAAAAUAUUUCGAUAUGAAUAAGAAACAAUGUCGUGAAGCAUUGGACGCCUACAAAUCAUUUCUGCUAAGGUUGGAUAAAGUGGCAUGUUUCUUGAAAGUAGCCGAAUCUGUGGGUAUUGAUCGUACUGAAAUACCGGAUUUAACGCGGGCACCAGCUUCGUUAUUGGAAGCAUUGGAAGCACACCUGGUUUAUCUCGAAGGUGGCAGGGCGCCUUCUGCAGUUCAUCAUGAACAAUUUACUGCAGCAAUGGCACAAUCAACACCAUUAUUUUCUUCCGCGCAAGCGGGAGUUAUUGAUGAUUCGGCAAAACAAAAAUAUUUAGAGGAGGAAAAAGAAAGAUUACGAUUGUUUGAGGAGCAGCGAAAAAGGCAAGCAGCAGCAGGUUCAUCGGGAAUUGAUGCAGCAGGACAUUCGUUCAAUCCAUUCGCUGCAGGUCAGUCAUCAGCUGGCACUGCAGAUCGAUCUGCGAAACCAAGUGAUGAUCUUCUAAGCCUCUUUGAUCCUAUGCCAGGAGCUGGUGGAAUUACUGCACCUUCAGGUUAUGGAGUUGGUGCUGCAGUUAAUGCUACACAGCAACCAAUGGCUUUGGAUUCAACAAAUCCAUUCGCUCAAAAUGUUUUCCAGCAACAACCAGCUAUGGUUAUAUCGGCUAAUCCUCCUGCUCCUGGUUUUGCGGCAUAUCCAAAUAUUAGCAGAACAAAUGCAUUUGGUGCCGAUUUCACAACCGCUUUUAAUGUUGGAGCAGUGGCUCCUGCGACUACUGAAACUAAUGUUGGAUUCAAUCCAUUUCUGACUAGUGUUACUGCGGAUUCGUCUGCACAACCAGCACCUCCACAAUGGCCUGUGGCGGCUGAAGAAACGGAUAAACAAUGGUCUGAAAAAGCCUCGCAAGAUACAGUUCCGCCGCAGGCAUGGACUUCUGCAGUUUCCGAUGUGCAAAGUGAUUCAGCUGCUCAUUCUUCUUGGGGUAAAAACGGUGGUAGCAGUGAGAGUGAUGAAGCAGUUGGAGCUACGGAUACUGAUAUUAAUAGUAAUGUAUCGCAACAACCGAGUGAAAUGAUCAAUUCGGCUCUUCGGAAUCCAUUUAGUGCCAUGCAACAAAAUGCGCAAGCACUGCAUACAGCUGAUGUUAGUGCUGCCGCGAUAAUACCGCAACAACCUGAUAUGCAAACAUUUGGAGCACCGCCAUCUGGUGCAUCAUCCGCAAAUGCAUCACCAAUUCAUUUUGGAGUGACUAUCCAAGCACCUCCGCCACCACCACCACCACCAUCACAGCCAGCAGUGAUUCCGAAUCAAAACCUUACAAUUUACGAACAAACUCCAUUUUCCCGUAUGGAUGGUAGCUAUACUUCAUCACCCAUUGUUCCACGCCUCUUUCAUCAACAAGCAGCAACACCACAUGCUGGCACAACAAAUUUAAACGCAUACGGAGCACAACAAUUGCCAUCGGUACCGUGUGCUGCCACUACACAAGCUGGUAAAUUCAAUAGUGGUGAUUUAGAUAGUGCCCUAUCAUCGCUGGCCGAUAAUCUCUCGGUGAGCGGUAAAGGAGCAACUAAUCAUGGUAAGCCAGUUCAAUGGAAUAAUCAAGGUGGUAGUAUAAGACCUGCAGGUGCAGUACAUGCGAUUGCACAACCGCAAUAUGCUUCAAUUCCACCACAACAGUGGCCACCUAUGGGUGUUUAUGCUCCACAACCAGGCAUAUAUGCUCAACAACCAAUGAUGGGUAUGUAUGCACAACCGGGAUAUAAUCCACAAAUACAGCAAGCAGCUGCACCAGUGUAUGGUAUGACACCAGGCCAAACAGCAUCUCAAACUGGACAAGUGCAGCAAGCGGCAGCACCUCCGCCCCAUCGCCCAUUCAUGUGA